AUGUCUAAGCUUUCUCAACUGCUAAAUGCUAGACGAGCUAACCAACAGAAUCCCUCUUUGUCAGAAUCUUCUGGAAAAUUAACUUCUCUUUUGAAAUCUCCACCUUCUUCUGAACAAGAACAUUCUACAUCUGUGGAUCCCGUGCAUACAACAUCCAAUGCUACUGCAGAAUCAUCUGCUUCUACUUCGCACCCUAAUGGUCUUUCGAAAUUAGCGGCAUUGACUGCCCACAAAAAAAAGGUUGAAAACUUUGAAGACACUCCUAAUAAGCGUUCCUUACCGUCUUCCUCUUCCUCUCAAUCGGACUCUAAUCCAAAGGAUUCUUCUGACAAGGAACAAUUGUUACAGCGAUUCCGCAAAGUACGUAUUGCAGAAUCAAAAGAACCUAAUGAGGAACCUCAUCUUGUCCAUCGUCAAGAAUCACCGUCUUCUGUACAAAGUGAAAGACUAGAAGGCAUUGAAGAUGAUCUUACUUCUUCUACGUCGGAAGUCCCGCCCAUCCAUCUUUCUUCAUCGCAUACACCUUUGCUAGCUGCCCCGUCCAUCUUUGCUCGAUGUCUGACAGGUGCUAAAAAGAAGGCUUCACAAAGUGAAAUUAAAGUAAACCUGAAAAGAAGCUCCAUUCUUGGCUUUAACACUCCGAGUCCUGAUGACCUCGUUUUGAUGGCCCAAUCGAAAUCCAAGGGUUUGCAAAGAUACAGCAAAAAAGACAAGGCCCUGUUUGAUUCUCUUGAGCAACUCAAGACUGACAGCCUUCAACAAACCUCGAAUUCCAUGACUUCGUCGACAGCAACUAAAGAUGUGUUGGUUGAUAAAAAGAAGCUUUUGGAAAUCUCAAAAGAGAUAAAACCGACAACCCGUAUUUCAAUUUUCGGUCCCCCGAGAGUCGGUAAGAAGACUCUUUUAGCUCGGCUUUUGUAUCAAGUAGGAGCGCUCGACAUCAAAUUAAUGCAAAGAUGCACCCUUUUAAACUCUAGAAAAGAAAACAUUUCCUCAGUUCUUGGUCGUAAUGCUUCCGACCUUUAUCAAUUUGAAACGUUUUCGCAUAAUUACUUGUCUUCCCUUUUUGCCUUACCCCUUCACGACCUUGCAUCGUUUGCACCAUUCCUACAAAUAACCGAUAUUGCCAUCAUUAUUAUUCAUGCAAAAUACCCAUUAGAUGAAAUAGAAAGCAUUGUUUGCCUGCUACGAUUAUGUUACGGAGAAACCAUCAGAAAUGUUUUGUUUGUUGUAACUCAAAUGGACCAAGUUUCUUGGCAAGAAGAGCAAUAUCAAUCUGCUAUUUCGUCUAUCACGACUUGUCUGAAGGAUUUCCAUGGCAUUACUGUUCCUCCAUCCUGUUUUGUGCCAGUUAGUGGAUUCAAGGGAGACAAUUUGACUACUCUUUCAUAUGGAACAUUACAGUCAUGGUACGGUUCUGAAACUUUAUUGGGAAAAAUUGACGAGCUGUCCGAUAAGUCUAUGAAAGAAAAGGUCCGUUUGCAACAACUGCCCUUGUCGUUGUCCAUCUCGUCUUGGUCUUUACUCCCAGAAAACAAGAUUAGCGCACAAUUUGACGUACAUUCUGGUAUCGUUCAAGCACACCAAAAUAUUUACACCUCUGUCGGAAAGAUUGAGACAAAAGUUCAUGGUCUCAAAUUACACCAACAUGCCAAGACGUGGUGUUUACCCGGUGAACAUACAGAAAUGCAUCUAUCUUCUCUACCAAAUUUAUUGAAUGGAACCCUUUGUGUCGAUGAAGAAAAUGCCUACCAUUUAUCCCGGAAUGCUUAUAUAACUGCAUUCAUUUUUCAUUCGUUUCUCAAGGAGCAGAGUCCUGUCCAUGUGAAUGCCUUCUUUGGUGCUUUCCGUAUGAGUGGAAAAGCCUUUUUUUAUUCUGAGGGAAAAGAAAAUGGUAUGGCGUUACAGGGAUUGGACUUUCAGAAUAAGAAUCUUCUCUUACUUCGGCUAGAGUUGGAUCAAUCUAUUCCCCUUGUAGAAUUCAACAAUGUACCUUCCCUAAGUCGACUUUUGUUGCUAUCCAAAGAAGAGAAUAUUUUAUUGGCCUCUGGAGUUGUCGUGUCUGUUCAAAAGUAA